CAUUCUUUUCCUCUCCGCCGGGAAUCCUGGUCUGGCGGCUGCUUUAAGGGGAACUGAAGUCCCCGUAGUCGACGGUGACAUUCUUCUUGCUUAAGAUGCCGGGUGCUUCCACCACCCCUGCUUUGCGGAGCCCCUGGUUCCUUCCGCGGGGAGGAGGCGCCUGACGACAAACCGAGAGCCACACGUGCGGGGCGCUGGGGGCGGGCCUCCCCCUUUUCGGUUUGGGAAGGGAAGCGCUCCCGCUCCGCCUCCAGCUCCACCCGCCCGCCCGCCCGAGGGUCGAGUGACUUCCCAGCCCGGCGCGGAGCAUCGGGUGCAUUUCUCGUCGGAGCUUCCCAGCGGCGGCUCAACGCCAUGCCCAGGCGGCUCUCCGGAGCCGGAUCGCGGCAGCUGAUGCCGCCCGCUUGCGUCGUCCGCGCCGUCGCCUUCUUGCUCUUGGUGCGGGUCCCCGGGGCGAAGAGCCUCGGCCUCUACUCGCCCGAUGACCCGCUGGUGCAGCUGACCGGCGAUACGCUGGAACACCGCAUCUUCAAUUCCACCGGCGCGUGGGUGGUCGAGUUUUACGCCUCCUGGUGCGGCCACUGCAAAGCUUUCGCCCCCGUUUGGAAAGGCUUGGCCAACGACACGAAGGACUGGAGACCUGCUGUGAUACUGGGAGCUAUAGAUUGUGCUGAUUUUUCCAAUAAGAACAUCUGUUAUAAGUUUGGAAUAAAGAGCUACCCUACUGUGAAGUUUUUCAAGACGUUCUCCCAAAAACCUGAGGAUGGCAUACAAUUCAACAAUUAUGAAAAAACCAUUGAGUCUCUAAGAGGGACCAUAAUCACUUUAAUGGAGAGUCAUGAAGAUACAUGGCCCUCUCUCAGCCCACCUUUGCAUCCGACAAGCGUGACAGAACUUCGUGAUUUCUUUCUGGUAAACAACGUGACUUAUUUGGCCCUGAUAUUUGACGAGGAUGACUCCUUUUUGAGCAGAGAGGUAGCACUGGAUAUGUUUCAAUUUGAAAAUAUUGCAGUAAGGCGAGUCCUGCAGAGCAAUGAAGAGCUAGUGAAGCAGUUCAACAUCACUACCUUUCCAUCUGGCCUCCUUGUGACCAAUAAUGGUUCUUGCAGAAACAUCCCUGGGCUGGAGGACUGGAGAUCCCAGUAUACUAAUUUCCUGCGGAACUUAUCUGGGGUCUUUAGACGAGAUGUUUUCAUACCAACGAUGUCCCCCACUGCACAGACAACAACUGAUUUUACAAUUUGGAAGGUGGCAGACAAGAGAAAGAUAUACAUGGCUGAUUUAGAGUCUGCAGUGCUUUACACCUUAAGGAUAGAGGCUGCAGUAUUCCCCAGCCUUGAGGGAGAGCGACUCUCUGCUUUGAAGGACUUUGUGUCUGUUUUGGUCCAGCAUUUUGCUGGGCGGUUGGUAGUCAAGAAUUACCUUUACAACCUGGAUUUGUGGCUGAGACCAAAGACAAUUGUUUUGCAGAGUGAAUGGGAGGAAGCUCUAAAGAAUAAAAAGGAGUCUCCAAAUGCCACGUUACCUGAGAGACCUCAAUGGGUAGGAUGUCAAGGAAGCAAACCUCACUUCCGGGGUUUUCCAUGUGGACUCUGGACUCUCUUCCAUCACCUGACAGUUCAAGCAGCAGAUCAUGCUUCCUCAGGUAUACCUGAAGUUCUUCCUACAAUGAGAGGAUAUGUCCGCAAUUUCUUCGGCUGCAGGAUGUGUGCAGAGCAUUUUGAAGGGAUGGCAGCUGAGUCUAUGCAUGAAGUGAAGAACAGGGACGAGGCUGUUCUGUGGCUUUGGUCAAGGCAUAACAGGGUCAAUGCUCGCUUGGCAGGUACAGAAACUGAUGAUCCCAAAUUUCCCAAGAUUCAGUGGCCUCCCAAAAGCUUCUGCCCUUCAUGCCAUUACACCUCAACUGACAGUUCUCUGCAAGAUGGGAAAAAGUCUAUGUGGGAUGAGAAUCGAGUCUUGAUGUUUCUCAAAUGGCAUUUUUCUGAAAAAAAUAUUUACAUGGGUUUUCCCCUGCAGCAUCAAACAAGAAGUGGUCGAAAUGUUGCUCAGCAAAAUUAUGAAGCUGACUGGAAGCUAGAAGGGGGAGGAAGAGGAGAAGAAAGUGACCAAGAUAAUCAAAAGGAACCAGACGAAGACAAGAAGACAGAGCAGCUAGAGACUAGGAAAGAAGAAAAGAAGAAAUUUGAUUUGGGAAAACCUGGUUCUCCAGAGUUGCAUAAACCAAGCAUUGUCAAGAUGAGCACAAAGGCAAAAGAAAUGGUGGAGGAUAUUGUUGAUCUUGAUACAUUUAGUGAGCAGCGUUUUAAGAGCAAAGCCUUGAAGCUGGCAAGACAGAUUAGCAUCAGGGAGAGGCGGACUAAGAGGGACACUCGGCUGUUCCUGAUGGCGAAUGAGGGCCGCCGCUCACUUGAUUAUAUUAGAGAGUCCCUGAGGCAUAAGAACUUGGGAGCCAGACAGUUCUCUGGCAUCCAAGUGGAAAAGGAGAAUACUUCGAGGAGAAACCAGUGGAUCUAUAUCCUGGGAAUGGGUUUCUCCCGAUUGGAUGUCAGCUUGUGUGUUCUCUUGUAUUUGCUUUCUUCUGUCUGCCUGUUGGGCAUGUACACCUUCUUCCGCAUGCGCAUGAAUUACCGCAAGGCCCGGUUAGGCUACUCAUUGACAUGAAAUUGAAGGAGAGGUACAGCAGCCAUUAGGUAAUGGAAGGGGUAUGUGCAUAUCAGCUUGAUGUGGUGAUCUUUCACUAAACUAACAAUUCCUAUACUGAAUAUACACAGAUGCAAAAAUACACAGACGAUAUAUUGGUUGUUAAGGGUGCAAAUUAGUAGAGUAUACUAUUGGAUCUCCUAAAAUGCAUGGAAAUUGCUACUUCUACAUAUGAAAGAGUACCUAAUGAGCAGGCAGGUCUGUUUUGUCACAGUUGCUAGAUCAUUUGUAUAUAUUUGUGAUUCUGUACCAGAAUAAAAUAGCUGAGUGUAGUGCCAAAAGGGGCAUGGGGUCAUAUUUCAGAGCACAUGGUGACAGGCUGAUUGUCUGAAGAAUCAGGGGCUCUUUAUUGUUUUUGGUCUGUGGUGGCAGGAAAGGAUUAAUAAGCAGAAAGGAUUCAGAUCUCAUUAGAUAAAUGUAAUACAAUCGUCUUUUCAACAGUCAGAAUGUAAUGCAAAUAUUGUUGCUGUUUUAAGAGGAAAAAAAGCAUGAUAAGUUUAGGACCAGCAACAAACUGGUACUUCUGAAAUCUUUGUGCCUUGUGUCUUGAGGUAUGUCCAAACUCUGUAACAUUGUGAAGAAACCUAAUAUACAAGCAGUCUAAAAUAUUGUGCUGGAAGAUCUCUUGACCAUUUUUAAUCUCUUUUCCAAAGCUUCUGUGCCACUAUAAAACUACCCAUAGUAAAACCAGCUAUAUGGUGUUGUUUGCUGAUAGCAGUAAUCAAGUAAACAAAAAAGAAUUAGAUUCUCCCUUCCAUACCCAUCUAAAAUAUAAAUUGAUGGAGUUCGUUCACCCUUCUGCAUGACUUCUUAGGGACCUGCUUAGAAUAUACUUAGUGCCUUUGCCUGUAUUUCCCAUGCAGCCCAGCUUCUUCCCUUGAUCAGAUGAUGGAAGACAAAACAACCCUUGAGGGUUUUGAACUUGAACUCCUAGUGUAAAGAACUGAAAGCAGCUGGCAACAAGUUCAGGUCAAGACUGUGCAGUCGAAUAGAUAGAUCAGUGUAGCAGUUUUUACUAGCUGCUGUUUCUUUCACUCCUUUCGCUGUGCCCUUUGUCUUUCUCUCCAUAUCCUGGUAGCUUCAGCUUUGAUGUCAUUCCCCUUUUCUAUCCUACUCUACAAACCACGGGUGUCAAACUCACCGCUUCAUGUUGCUGUCACGUGACAUAUUGCAACGUUUCUUCCUUCAUGGAGUUGGGGUGGGCUUGGCCUGCACUUGACACAUCCGGCCCACGGGCUGCCAGUAGAAGAGAAGAAAUGAAGGCAAAUAUGCAUUUUUAGGAGUGCAGUUACCACUCCCUGAGCCAUGAGUUGAUGAUUUUUGAAAUUAUUAGAAUUAUCCCUGUUGGGGUACCUGCAUUCAACUGGAAAGAGUUCGGGAGGAGAGGGAAUCAUUUAGGACCUCUAAGGAUUCUUUUGGCCAUUAAGUUUGAUUGCUGAGGAUUACUUUCCAAUUGUUUCUGAGCUGCCUCAGUAUGGAAAGAAAUAGCCUAGUCUUGUUUAAAAAGAAAGAAGUUAUUGGUAAAUCAGAUAAAAUGUUAAUCUAGCAAGAUUUCUUUACUGGGGAAGAAUGAUAAGACCUUAGAAGGUAGAAAAACAAAUGAUACAUCUAGAUGUCUAAUAAGACAUUGCAAACUCCUGUUCAUUGCAGUCACACCUGGUGCCAUUAUCUUAGGACGAGGAUAAGCAACUAUGGCAACUUUACAAGCUGUGAACUUCAACUCCCAGAAUUCCUGAGCCAGCAUGGCUGGCUCAGAAAUUCUGGGAAUUGAAAUCCACAGAUUGUAAAGUUGCCAUAAUUGCCCACCCCUAUACUUGGAGGAAAGUGACUCCACCUGGCAUUUAGAAAAACGGAAAAAUAUGUAGCACAGGAAGGUAUUAUUGAAGGUGCAUUCCUCAGAAAUUGACUUUUCCCCCCUAGAGUGCUACUCUAUCUUGCUGUGUCUCCUGUUGUCUUUGUAGGUGGAUAUUCAUCUUUAUGCAAGUGCCUUCUGAAACUUUAUCCAGUCCAAGAGAGCUAAUUUGAGUAGGACUUCAAUAGUCUGUGAUUCAAAUCUCACAUACAAAUCUUACCUAAUUGUAAGAUAUCUCUCCUCAAAUUUAAUCUUCUAUCAUAGAUGAUACAUAGAGAUACAGACAGACAGACAGACAGAUAGAUCUAUUGAUUAUACCUGAAUCAAUGGAUGAUAGAUGACAACAAAAUUGAUGCAGACUACUUGUAUGAGUAUUUAAAAUCUACAAGAAAUAUGUACUGAUAUUACUCUUGGAAUAUCUGUUUUUUCCUGGUAACCCUAAUAGAAAUUAAGGAGGAAUAAAUCUUCAAAUACAUCUUCCAUUUUGGCUAUUGAGAAAUACUAAUAGUUUUAUUCAGCUUUAUUUUCAACCCUGCUCUGGUAUUUUGAAAUAAAUGGUAGUCUAAAAAGUAGUCUUUUGACAAAACAUCUGAAGGGAUGUUUUGUCGCUAGCAUCCCUCAAUUUCUCACAUUUUUCUAGCUCAUCAGGGAUUGGAUUUCUCAUUUGACUAAGAACAGAGAAUGCCAUGGUCUAAAUUAUAGGACCAUAUUUAGCUUGGUUUGGGAGCUGGAACAAUUUAAUCCAAUCUUAGCUAGGCUCUAUAAUGCUGAUAUCAGGUAGCUGAAAUUACCGAUAUUUCUCUUUCUUUUUCAAAUAAUCUUAUUAAGUAUUACAAGUAGGAAGAAAACUUAACAACUCUAAGUUUUAACCCCUUUAAAUAUAGUCCCAGAGCUUGUUUUCUGUACAUCUUUUUUUAACCUGAGAAUAUUUAAAACUUUAAAUGAUUUCUUUUGUACAUCCAGCAAGUAAAGUUUGUCCUUUUUAAAAUCAUUUCUCACAAUGUCCUUCAAGACUUUAACAGAUCUCUUUUGUAAAUCCAGUAAGAAAAAGUUAUUUUUCUGGUUUAAAUGUGUAUCCUUUGGCGGUGAAAUAUCUAGUUUCAUUUGCAUAUUCAGUAUAUUGUUAUAUAUUUUUCUGCUUGAAACAGUUAAAUCCACAUCCUAAUUAAUUUCAUACUUAUCCGUUGUAGCUUAUUCUUCUUGUCUAACUUCUUGGUCCCAUGUUCCCUCAUAUCAAAAACUUUGAACACCAAUAUUCAAAAACAAGCAUUAAAGCUUGUUGCUCCAUUAUUUAUUUCUUUGUUAACAAAAUGAAUGUAUUAUCCUCUAGCUUCCUCUGAUGUCAAACCUUCAAGGUCCCAUUAUCAUGUUUCUUCUUUAAAAAGCCCAAACAAUUCUGACAAGAAUAAUUCUAAUUAAUUCAGAAUUGUAAUUCCAAGUCUAUCUGGAGUUUUAAUCCUUGUUACCAUUCCAAAAUAUAUUGUAUACAUGUUUUUGCCAUUUAAUCAAAAAAAUCAAUAUUUUUCCAGAGCCUUUAAAAUCACAUUUAAAGCAUCUUUCUCCAAGGAGAAGGCAACUCACUCAAUGAAAAUGGCAAAUAUUUUCAGGACAAUGAAAGAAAUAAUCCAAAAAGUGGUUUAGAAAUGAGGCUCAGGCAGGCUUUAUGUCUUUAAAAGGUUGUGUUACAAGUAUGAGCUUGAGUAUCCCUCAACUCUGAAGCCACUCAACUCAUAAACUGACCACACAUUACCUGUGAUCUACUCAGAAGGAGCAGCUGUCUGGAGUCACAUGGAUUAUCUCAACAAUCUCUCCUUCCUCCAGAGAGAUUUUGCUGGUCUGGAUCCAUCAUUCAGCCACAAAUUUCUUUGUACACCUGUUUCUGCUGCCAACAGAAUGUUUCUCAACCUCAGGAACUUGCUGUCUGGACUUCAACUCCCAGAAUUCACUAACCAGCUUGUUGAGAUUGAGAAACAUUGGCCUAGACUAAAUUUAAUUAGACUGUAGUAUUUCAAAUGAUAUGAACUCUCUGAUAUUUAAUGCUGAAGAAUACUUGUUUCCCUUGGCACAAUGGUUUUCUAACAAAUUAUGUGUCAUAUGACUAUGUGUCUGAAGUAAUAGUAUGGUUAAAAUAGAGAAAUGAAGGGUCGUUGAAAUUACUACUCCCAAUUAAAAUGUUAUGAUCUGUGGAUCAAAGACUUAACUAUGAAUCAUAUUUGCACUAAAUGAGAAACUCUGUAGACUUUUUCAGGUAUCAUAUAGUUUAGAACUCUCUGGUUUCCAUGUUAUAGAAAAAAAUCAGUUUUGAAAUACAGCUUUUUAAUAUAAUAAGGUAUUUCUCUUACGGUUGUUUACAGGUGACAAUAAACACCAGAAUUAUAUUUUCUUUGUUUAAUGGUUGCAUGGGUGUUCAAGGUAAGAUGCACUCUAGAUUUUCGUUCAAAUGAUGUAAAUGUCUUUCCGUGCAUAGGCUUUGUGGUAAAAAUAAUGCUACCAUUGCCUUGUUUCUUGUCUGUUAACAUAAUUGUAGCCUCAACUAUUAAUUUAUUCAAGGGAUAGUAGGUUUGAAAAACUAUUCUAAAAAACCUGUUAGUUCUUCUUGGCUAUCAUCUGUUUAAGAGGUUAUAAUUCAGUGAGCUUUUUAGUCAGAUUUUAAUAGGUGGAGUAGGAAUAAAUUCUACUCUCAUGGAACAUAGGAACAUACUAUUCUCAAAAACUGCAUUGCCUCAAAAAUUAAUUUCACAGUUCUUCAACUCCUAGUAUAGUUGGUACAAAUUGUACUUGUAUUAAGAGUAUGUGUGCUUGGACAAGAAUAGGGAGUUCAAAUGACCAAAUGCAAAGGAUUAAAAGAAACAAUAGAAGUAAUAAUAACUCCUUUUUUCCUUCUUUUCCCUUAUGAGCAAAACUGAGAACAGUUCCCUUUCAUACACACAGUAUAUGGUGAUGAAGGCUAUUAGAAGCCAGAAUGUAUUCUAGUGAUCAGAUCUAUCCAGUAAACUGCAACUUGACUAUCUUAGUGACAUAGUGACAUAGAUAAUGAUGUCUCCUUCAUUCCUUAUAAUGUAAAAUGCAGAUGAAGGUCAAGACUAAAAACCAAAAUCACAGAGUAGGCCUGUGAGAUUAAACAGUAUGUCAUUCUUGAUCACAUAGACCUCCAACUCUUAACUAAAUAAAAAGGAACAUACUGUUGAAUGAGGUUUACUAGUCAAAUUCUGCUUCAUAACUAGUGUGGUUGAGGCUGGGAUGAAGUAUGGGGAAUCACCAAGCCAUAUAUUUCUGCCACAGAUUGACUGCCCAAUAAAUGAGUAAGUGUUAUAAGUAUAGUAUACACUUAACUUGCUAAUUACAUGAUCUCACAAAUAUGCCUUUUGUUUCCCAGAAUUUCUAUGGCAGUCUACCUCAAAGGUCAUUGCAGAAAUAAAUUGUCCUUAACCAUCUUGCCAUAUGAUAUAACAAUAAAUUUGUCUGUUAAUCUUUUUCUCCUGUACCAUAAUGCUGAUUGCCUUGUAAUGGAACACUGAAGAAGCCACUUUAAACAGGAAAGAAGAUUUUUUUGAUUAGCUUUUAGUUCUUUAGAGCCAUCUGUGGCUGGUUUAUGGAUCUAGGAAAACUUGGCAUGGCCAACUCACCACAGUCAACUCACUGUGGCCAACUCGUUGCAGGACAACUCUCCACGGGACAAGAGUUAUACUAAUAUCGAAGAAAUGGUGGAAUAAAAUCAGUAAAGAGGAUGCAAAAGGAGGGACAGAAUGAAAUGUGAAUCAUAAAAAUUUAAAAAAAAAUUAAAAUUAUUUUAAAUACUUAAAAUUGAAUUGUCCCAUAGUGAGUUGUUCCAAAGUGAGUUGGCUGUGCUAAGUUGUCCCUUUCCACUGGUUUACUGCCUUUUCUUUGUAUUCCACCAUGCUGCAUGGAAAUGAACCAAGAAGCCUCUGUUUACCCAAAUUAUUUGACCUAGUGGAAUAAAUUUAUUUUUGCUAAUAAAUAAGUUUGUGUAUGUA